AUCAUGAUUCUGGAAGGAAGUGGUGUGAUGAAUCUCACUCCCAGCAGCAAUCUUCUCCACCAGCAGCCGGCCUGGACAGACACCUACCCCACGUGCAAUGUUUCCAGCGGGUUUUUUGGAGGCCAGUGGCAUGAAAUCCAUCCUCAGUACUGGACCAAGUACCAGGUGUGGGAAUGGCUCCAGCACCUCCUGGACACCAACCAGCUGGAUGCCAGCUGCAUCCCUUUCCAGGAGUUUGACAUCAACGGCGAGCAUCUCUGCAGCAUGAGUCUGCAGGAGUUCACCCGGGCGGCAGGGACAGCGGGACAGCUCCUCUACAGCAACUUGCAGCAUCUCAAGUGGAAUGGCCAGUGCAGCAGUGACCUGUUCCAGUCCACACACAAUGUCAUCGUCAAGACCGAACAAGCUGACCCUUCCAUCAUGAACACCUGGAAAGAAGAAAACUAUUUAUAUGACACCAACUAUGGUAGCACAGUAGAGUUGUUGGACAGCAAAACUUUCUGCCGGGCCCAGAUCUCCAUGACAACCAGCGGUCACCUUCCCAUUGCAGAGUCGCCUGAUAUGAAAAAGCAGCAAGACCAACCAACAAAGUCCCACACCAAAAAGCACAAUCCGCGAGGGACCCACUUAUGGGAAUUCAUCCGCGACAUCCUCCUGAACCCAGACAAGAAUCCAGGGUUAAUCAAGUGGGAAGACCGGUCUGAGGGCAUCUUCAGGUUCUUGAAAUCAGAGGCUGUGGCCCAGCUAUGGGGGAAAAAGAAAAACAACAGCAGCAUGACCUACGAAAAACUCAGCCGAGCCAUGAGAUAUUACUACAAAAGAGAAAUUCUGGAACGUGUGGAUGGACGAAGACUGGUAUAUAAAUUUGGGAAGAAUGCACGCGGAUGGAGGGAAAAUGAAAACUGA